UGUAAGAUGAAGUAAAAUUCCAGCGGAUUUUGAGGUACGUCCUCCAUGGGCAUCAUCAAGAAGUGGGCAAGGUUGUGGAUGCCACCAAUGGUAUUUGGGCAAGGUUCAGGGAUGGAAUGCAAAGGAAGUAUAGUCUGGGUGAUGGUCUGCUAACUACAUCAGAAUUGGAGGUCAUGAACAAGGAUGACUUCACCACAAUCGGGGCAUUUGUGCAAGAGUUUAAGAAAAAGGCAAGGGAUUUCUGAAGAAGCACAAUGCGCUAUCUUGUUGGGAUUGCUCACUGCCUCAGAAGCUUCGGAGCUGACGAGCCACGGGGGUGGAAGUGCGACGCUCACUUGCACUACUAUUGACAAGGGAGUGGAGGAUGGAAGUUUGGACCAGGUAGAGCAGCACCAAAUGCGCCUACAAAGGCGGAAGAGGAAGGAAAGGGACGCCACCGCAUCUGGGACCCCUGGAGUAAAGAGGAUCGUCACGGACGUGCUGGCAGAGUUGGGUUACGACAAGGAUGCCGAGGUGCAGAAGAAGGUGGUGACCGUGGUCCAAGGUCAUGUGUCGGAGGUGGUGGACGAGGAGACCGGACACGAGGACUACGGUGGGGAGGAAACGGGUUCCCAGGUCCUGACCAAGGCGCAGCACAAACAACGCAAUUUAUUGACAGGCGGGCAGGGCUCUGGAAAGGGUCAGAUCCCACAAACGAUUGUGGUGCCCCCGGCUACGGCCGGGAGUGCGUCCAUGUCAGCAGGGCCCUCACUAAUGGGGCCACCAGCAACAUAUGGGCACUGGCUUCCCUGUUACCCAAUGGUGCCCUGGCCCCCAUAUAAUCAAUGUAACUCGUGGGGAGGGGGCCAAGUUUCCCCAGGGCCGAUGGUUCCCUAUUCAGGCCCACUGGCGAGUGCGGGACCGCCAAGUUUUCCAGCAGCCCAGGGUCAAUUCGUGGCCCAACCUCCACCCUCGCAGCAGGUGUCGCAGGCUAGCGUGGCGGGAGGAGGGAACCAAGGGCAAGGUGGGCAGAGCAAUGGAGGUCGAGGCCAGGGAGGUCGAGGAGGGGGUGGCCGAGGCCAAGGAAGGAACGGCGGGGGUCGUGGCGGUGGAUGGAAUGGCCAAGGGGGCCAGGACCAAGGAGGCCAAGAUGGUCAGGAAGGGGGCCAAGGGUAUGGAAGGCCCCGCUUCGAUUGGCGGAAUGCCAUCUGCCGGCAUUGUGGUUAUCAAGGCUACACUAUACGAUUUUGCCAAGGGCGAAGGGAUGAUGAGCUUUCCGGGUUGAUUUCCACCAAUAUGGACAGGGAUAUAUACGAUAAAUUUGGGAAGUAUAUUGACCCAAAGACUCUAGGUGGAGUCAGGCAGGAGGCCCAAAGGCGGGCGUCGGCAGGACCAACACCCCCGACGAUGUUCAGGAUGUGGCAGGAAAGCGAGGACCCGACAGUAAGGGUCGAGGAGGUUGCGGGAGAAAGCGAGGAGGUGACUCAGCGACUAAAGGCAGGGACUAUAAAGGAAGAACCGAUAGUCGUGGAGUCGGAUGAUGAGGAUUUGAGAGAGGAGGGAGGGCCGACAGUAACAAUCCUGGAGAAGAUGGAGGACUUGCUGGAGAAAGUGGGCGGGUACCAGCAAAAGUUAAAGAGUUUGUGUGAUGAGACCCAGGAGUGGAGGGACAACCUCCCUGAAGACUUCCUCUAUGAGUCCGGACCCGAGUCGUCGACGGGGCAACAAGGGUACCCAAGGGUUGCGACUGUGGGGUCAGGCCCUAGGUCGGGGAUGACCUAUAGGCCCCCCACGUCGCAUGGAAGAGUGCCACAGGCGGCACGGACCAGAAGUCAGAACAAGGCUGGAAUCAGUCAAGUGCCCAGCCAGGCGCCUAGUCAGGCGCCCCCUCGAAAGGAACUUGAGCCCGAACGCAGGAAAGAGGUAAUGGAAGCCCCGAAAGAGGAUGAGGAGGAUGACGAUGAGGAGGAUGAGAGGCUCGGACACGAGGAAGACCGGCAGGCGGAGCUGAGGGCCGGAAAGAGAGGGGUUCAGGAGGAGGAUGAUCCAAGCCAACCUGGCAGCGUACAUAAGAGGAAGAAGUACGCGGUUCGGCUGGAAGAGGGUUUUGAUGUGGAAAGGAUGGUAGACAGGCUCCUGGAAGGCCACAAUGACCUAAUGAACUUGAAGGACAUUUUGGCGUCAGCCCCAAGGCUCCGUGAUGGUUUGAAAGGGCGGCUCUCGCGGAGUGGAAUGGUGGAUACGGGUGCAGAGACGAACAUCAUCCGAGAAAGGAAAGCGAUAAUGCUGGGAAUGGAGAUCGACCGUUCGGACCACGGCAUGCUACAUGGCGCCAAUUGCAAGGUUGUCUUUUGUGGCACGACAUCCAAUGUGAUCGUAGAAAUUGGCAAGGGUUUGCCUAUCCGGCUGGAGGAAGGCAAUGCGCAGGAGUUCAUUCCAGCCUAUGAGCAGUAUAUGCGCGAUCAGGGGACCGCGCAGGAAGAGUGGAUGCAGACAUUGCUCCUCUGGACGCGAAGGGCGGAGAGGCCAUUGGCAAGACAAAUUCGGGAUAGGGCGCAUGAUUGGGAAGAUUGCCAGGCUCAGCUGAGGCAAGCGUUCCGACGGCCAGAGCCUGAGAGGCCAGAUCCCAAUGUUGAGAGAAUGCAGAGAAGAAAGAGGUUGCGGGACCCAGAGACGAGGGGGGCCACUGCGACUAGGAGAGGCCGAAAGGCCUUGGCACAGCGAGAGGAGUUAGUGGAGCCUACUCAAGCAGCAGGGUCACUCCCUACUCAUGAACAUGAGCAAGUGGAGUUCCGCCGGAUCACUAGCAGUGACCUACAGGGGCCUUCGCCGAGAUUGCUAGAGGAGGGAGAAGGUGUACCGUCAGAGGCACCGCUCAGGAAUCUGGAAGCCCACCUCGAUGCGUCUCAAUGGGGGACUUCGCGGUUGGGGGUGGGUCUGGUUGAACCAGCACGAUACGAACCGACGGAAGGGCCACAAGGCCCCGAGCUAGGGACCGAGCCGCACAAGUCAAAAGAGCCACAGAUUGAGGAGGUUAUUACCGUUAGGGACGAUACUCCUCCUCGUACCCCGGUCCCGGAACGGGUACAGCAGCCAUGGUCGGAAGGGAUUCCCGAGCCGAACAUUGAGGAGGUUCCGGUACCCCUACCGGAAACUAUCACUUCACCCCCGAAGAUGGUAGAGGCAGGGGGCCAGGAAGAAAACGAGGAAGCAGGGGCGCGUGCGACCAUCGACCCGCAGUUGGCCGAAUAUGUGAUCGAGCACUCGGAUACUGAGAUGCCAACGUCCAUUGAGCCAUCGCCAGAGUUGCCACAUGUAGAGGGAGGAGUGAGUGUUGAGGCUCUAGCGCGAGAGGCCCGCGAAGCGUGGGCGAGAAGGUCACCAGGGGAAACGGCUGAGGAGAAGUCGGUCAGGGUGCAAGCGCGCCUCGCGGAAAUAUAUGAGAAGAUAGUCAGGAUGGGGGCCGCAGGAGAGGCGCCAGCGCCGCCAAUCGAUCCCAAGACAAGUGAGCAGAGGAUCGAUGAGAUGUCACGGUGGGCUAGGUACGAGAGCAGGAGGGAUGUCGCACGCCUGAGGUCGCGAGAGAUAGGACAGGAAAACGAGGGGGCGGACGAGGUAAGAGAGACUGGAGACUUGGGAUUUUCCGCCGCCAGGUUGGCGAUCGAGCGAGCGGAGAGGAGGGUACGCCAGGCAGCGACCACGUCAUUCCAUCGGUAUACCCUGCUCAGUGAUGAAUUGGCGGCCUCAAGGUUGGUGGUGGAGCAGCUGUCUACUCAGCUGGCAGAAGAGAAGGCGGAAAAUCGAGCCUGGAGAGCUCACAUGGAAGCUAAGGAAGCAGAGUGGGAAAAGAGGCUCCAAGAUAUGGCGGCGGUUGUGGAGAGGCUUUCGGCCACCAAGGUGGUUGAUUGGACAGAGCAGAGCAGAUAUGGUAUCCAGGGUGAGAGGGUGCAGGGACUCUUUGGCCAGGGAGGGGCGGUAGAGCCUCCUCAACAGGAAGAGAUAAAAAAGGUGUCCCUGGAUCCAGCGGAAGUAGAGGCAAAGAGGAAAGCCGAAGAGAAGAGUUUUAGCUUCAAGGCUCCCACGGAGUUAGCCUCGCAGCAGGCGACCCCAGCGGAGGAGCCAGCACAGAGAGCCCAAUCUCCGCCGGCAGAAGAAGGUUUCGCGGAGGAGUCCCCUACGAUCCUUUUGGAGGUGCGGGGAGGUACCCUUACAGGGGCAGUGGUGCCAACUGAGCGUGAGACGAUGGGGGAUGAGACAUCUCGUUUAGACGAGCUAGUGGCCGCCAUGGAGGUAGACAUACCAUUGGAGAGACCCCAAAGACUGGAUACGCCUGAGUAUAGGCCAGGGAACGCGGGUGCACAAGGUAGUGAGGGCGUCAGGCCGCAGAGCCCAGACCUCAGGGUUGCAUGGGGUUGCCAUUAUGUUACGAGGAGACCACGGAAGCGGCGGGGGUACCAUCGAUUCCAAACCCCCAAGGGAAGGGGAAGCCCAAAAGGUGGUUUGAUUCAUCCUGUUUCUUUUGCAAAGAGGAAGGGCAUCGGGCUCUACAGUGUGAGGGGUUUCUCAAGGACGAGGCAGCAGGACAGUUUACAGCGAGAGGUGGCAGAUUCUAUGAUAGACAGGGCUGGGUGGUAGAGCGGACUGUAGAUGGGGAUAGGUCUCAACUAUAUAGGCAAAACCGG